GACACGAUGAGGUCAUGUUAAAUAACUGCCCGAACAGGAAACAAACAAAAAAAAAUGUAUCGUUUGACCCAUGCACAGUUUCGGCAUUAUACAAUCUUUUUAUACCGUUGGUUGGCUUUUGUUACCGCAGCCAAUCAUUGGUCAGAACGUGAUGACGUCGCGCUGUUUGCAUUAUUUUUGUAUAAGUACUGGCUAUUCAGGCUGGGAGCGUCAAACAAAUAAACCCUACCAGCUCAGUAACCACAGUUCAGUUUAAGGGGAAAAGCUCCUCUUACCCUGUUAAAUUAUUGUCUACGGGAUUGUUAAAAUCUAAGAGACUAUGACGACCAUUUCUCUGCCAUUGAUUGGGUUCACAGCCCUUCCCCACGUGGGAGGGAUCCUUGGUGGCUUAAUCAGACGCAAGGAAGUCUAUACCUGGUACGCAAGCCUGAAGAAGCCCUCAUGGUGCCCACCAAAUGCAGCGUUCCCCGUGGUGUGGACUAGUCUGUACACAGGGAUGGGGUAUGGCUCCUACCUGAUCUGGAAAGACCUUGGGGGUUUUACUGAGGAUGCAGUGGUUCCCAUGGGACUUUACGGGCUACAGUUGGCUCUAAACUGGGCAUCGGUUCCUCUUUUCUUCGGUGCACACAGUCAAAAAUGGGGUCUGAUUGAGAUUGUGCUUCUUGAUGGGGCAAUUGGAGCCACCAUGUUGUCUUGGUAUCCCAUUAACCGCACUGCCUCUCUGCUCCUAGCGCCAUAUCUGGCUUGGAUGUGUUACACCACCGCCAUCCGUUACUGCAUAUGGAGAGACAACCCUGACGAAAAAAAAGAGUAGGGGUUACUUCCAUAGGACCAAUCUGCAUCAAAACAAAGAAAACAGACAACAUGCCAGUUUUUGCAAGUCCAUUCACAGUCCCAUCAGAUGACAAACUCACUUUCACACGCAAAAGGGCCAUUUUAUAACCUGGCAAGCCAGAUUGUUUAUGUGUAGCACUCUCCAUUCUGCACAUUAUCAAUCUGGGGCGGCUCCUAUCGAAUCCGUUCGGGGGAAAGGAGGGACAUUCAGAAGAACUUUCCAAGCAGAUUGGGCAAAGUGACACCUAGUGUCCGCCCACCAAAGGUUGGUUUUAGCCAAUCAUGGUAUUAAGUAAAAAUGUUGUAAGCAGCAAGCUCCAUGAGAAACCACAACAAGUUAUGCUGGUAAAGGUGUGCUUAUUUGAAAAGUGAACGUCAUGGCAAUGGUGGAUUCUGACAAAACAGAUGAUUUAUUAUGUUUAUCCCAUGUUUAUUUUGGUUCAGUUGUGGGCUCUGCAACUCUUACUUUCAUCACAGCUGUAUGUCCCACCUUAAACCAUCACACUGCAACGUGAUUGACCCGACCCGUUUUGGGUUGGUCUCGAACGGUUGAGGCGGGAGCGGGACAAGACGGAUUCUCGUGUGUUUGUGAAUGCACAAAUUCAUCUUGCUGGCAAGGUUAGCAAUUUUAGUCACUUCAAAAAUCUAACAUGCAUAUUUCUGAGCGGUGGGAGGACCCGGUGAAAACCAAGACACAAUUAGACCAACUUUUCCUUAUUUUGAGUCAUUUUUAAGUUAAUUAGAAAAGAAAACAAGAACAUCCAAGAAUACGGAGCCAUGAGAAAAGUUGUAUUGAACGAGCUCAAUGGUAACUGGUUUGAAAUGCAGGUCUUUCUGUGCAAUUAGCAUGUGUGUUUAUUUCUCCAAGUUCUCAGAUUGUGUCUCCCAGUAAAACACAUGAAUGUAAGACUCCACCAGUCAUUGUGCAUGUUUAUUUUUGUACAAAUCUUCUCAAGAUAAUAAAAAAUGAACUGUGGUAAACUAAAACAUGUUUUCAGUGAAGGUUAUUCU